CCUAAACCGCCCACCAGCAAAACCCAGCCCAAACCAUCAGGGGAAACAGGGAAAAUUUUUCUUAUUACUGACAAUAAAAAACAACCUAAACCUGAAAUUAGUCCGCCGUUAGCACUAACCACCCACACACCAACCGACAAAGAAGCAAUUUUACUAGUCAAAAUUAAACAAUUAGAGGAGCAGUUAAAACAAAUCCAAACUGAACGGGAUGCUUUGCCAAUUACUUCACCAGUGACAAAAACUCAGCUAUUACCAGCAAUUAGAACAAGAAUCAAACAAGGCUCAAAUUAUCCAAUCACCACCUUGGAAAGCAAAAAAUUAGCAAGUCUAAAAAAAGGAAUUGCAGAAAUGGAAAAGGAAAAGAAAGCCGGAAAAAAAGAGCCGUUAACCGCCGUAGAAGUCAUUUGUAGUCAUGAAGACAUUGAACGAACUAGAAAAAAACCAGGCUUUCCCAGUCUGGAUUUCACGGCAAAGUUCAUUCUUUCGCCAGUUCCUACAUUAGCUUCGGUGGCUGAGACAUAA